UCUCUCUGAGUAGCCUGUACGCCUGCUAGCAUUAGCGCUUCAAUUGCUUUAUUCAGUUACACUCCGCACCUGAAGGGGGAGCCUGGGUGCCAAAAACACUAUUAUCCCAGCAAUUUCCAUUUUCUUGAUGUAAUAUGUUUAUGAUUUAUCAUCUUGGUCAAAUUUAAGCGCUUUCAUGUGACGGUUUGAUAAGGCAAUCAUAAUGUUUUAUGACGGCUAGCCGGGGUUUAUAUCAGUGCUAUCAGGCUCCUGAAGCGAGGACGUGGGGGGGGGGCAAAGUGGAUGAGUCACACCGGCUCAAUAACGUACGGCUGAUCCCUGACAUCGACGAGUCGUCCAUAAAGACCACGGAGACUCCCGGGAGCAGUCAAACAGACCGACAGACAGACGCUCCUCUGAAACGUGAUGCUCAGCGACUUGACAGCCGCCCGUGGGCGCUGAUGAGAUUAUCCCAGUGUGUCAACAUGGCGGUUUCCGUCUGUCCCUCCCCCCGGGGCAGGGACCCACCUUGACCACCUGUAUAUAAAGCGGAUCCCGACCGGACUUCAGCAUCGGCUUCCGUGAAACGGUCUCAACAACCGCAAUGGAUCUCACCAGCGUCUUUUUCCUCCUUCUGCUACAGAUCGUCACCUUUUGCCGUGCACAGUCGGGCUGGGAGCAGGCCAUCGAUAACGAGAACCGGAUGGACGCGGCCGGCAAGGACACCAUCACAGACACCAUCCUCAAGAUGAACAAAGGUGCUUUGCAGAGACUGAUGGAGGGAGACCUGCUGCUUCCCACAACGAGGACCGCCAUGAAGUGCUUGGGCGACCCGUACAGUUGCCUGUGGCCAAAAUCUCGCAACGGCAAAGUGAAAGUCCCGGUGGCCAUAUCCGACAAAUACGAUGCUGGCGAGAAGAGCACCAUUGUGAAGGCUCUCCAAGAGAUGGAGGCCAAAACCUGCAUCCGCUUCAUUCGGCGAACCCGCCAGCGAGUUCACAUCAGCAUCGAGCCGAAUUACGGGUGUUUCUCCAUGUUGGGCCGCCUGGGGGACAAGCAGGUGGUCUCCCUGCAGCGCUUUGGCUGCGUCCAGCACGGCAUCAUCCUGCACGAGAUGAUGCACGCUUUAGGCUUCUUCCACGAACACACACGCAGCGACCGCGACGACUACGUGCGUAUCGAGUGGGAGAACGUCCAGAAGCUUCACAGACACAACUUCCAAAAGCAGGACACCAACAACCUGAACCUCCCCUACGACUACGCAUCUUUGCUGCACUACGGAAGGACAGCCUUUGGGAAAAAACAGACCCAAACCAUCAUCCCCAUCCCGGAUGAGUCGGUAGAAAUCGGCCAAAGGAACCAUCUCUCCGACCUGGACGUUGUCCGGAUAAACCGCCUGUACCAGUGCAAGAAUUACCCGCACUAGAAUGUUCUUUUUCUGUCAGUCUCAAUUAAAGAA